AUGGCAAAAGGUACUCGAUCAAGUGAUAACUCAAUUGAAGAACCAUCUGAUCUACGUGAAUUGAUGCAGAAGUUAGUCGCAGAUGUUGGGGCUUUAGUGGGAGAGGUCUCCAAUCUGAGACGUCUGGAUCAGACUGUUCCUACUCAAGAAAGAGUGGAGGUGGCUGCAAUGCAGUUAGAAGGUGAAGAUAUACAGUGGCAUCUAGCAUUUAUGAGGUAUAGACAAUAUCUCCAACCAGCUACAUGGACUGAGUAUGUGAUGGCAAUGGUGGAAAGAUCUGGAGUCGACUUUGAUGAUCCUAUGGAGGAAAUUAAGAAAAUUAGGCAAACUGGUACUGUCAAGGAGUAUCAAGCUAUUUUUGAAAGAAAUCUCACAAGAGUUAAUCUGUCACAAGAGAAUGCCAUCAGUUGUUUUCUUGGUGGACUGAAACAUGAGUUGAAUAUUGCUGUAAAACUCACAAAUCCCACUACCUUAUCCCAGGUGUAUAAAACUGCUAGGAUGCAGGAGGCUUACUUAGCUGCUCUUAGACAACCUCCAUUAGUCAAUUAUGCAUCAAGCAAUACUCCUAGAAAGAUCAUGGAUCAAAGGAAUAAUAGCAGGCCAUUGUUACCAACUCCUAGCAAAGGUAAUUUUGGGACUUCUAAAGGAUUCAAUAAAAGAACAUUAUGUAUAGAAGAAAUGAAUGAAAAAUGGGCAAAGGGGUUAUGCGACUUCUGUAAUGAGAAGUAUGUACCUGGGCAUAAGUGUAAGAAUGCCAAGCAGAUAUAUGUAUUGGAACUAGAGGGAACUGAGGAUGGACAUGACACAGAGGUUAAGGGUGAACUAAUACUACAAAGAGGAAGAGUUCAAUCAACUGGAACUAGCUCAACCCAUAGAGCAGAUGGAGAUUUCUAUCCAUUCUCUAAAUGGUUCUUUAGGCUACAGAACUCUGAAGAUCCUGAUUUGGUUCAUCAUUUGGGAUGUAAGAUUAGAUCAACUACUCCUCAAAUGGUAGCUGCUGCUAAUGGAAAUAUGAUGGUGGACAUAAUGUAUACCAUCACAUGGUUGUUGCAAGGUGCUGAGUUUUCAGCAGAAUUCCUAUUACUACCACUAGGCUCUUGUGGGGUAGUAUUAGGAGUGCAAUGGUUGCUAACUCUGGGAGAUAUAACGAUGAAUUUCAGGAAGCUAACCAUAGAGUUUUGGUACAAAGGGAGAAAGCAUCUUUUGAGAGGAGCUGGCAAUCAAGUCAGGGUUCAAGAAGCUAGAAAAAUAGCCAAACAUACAGGUAACACUUCUCAGUUAUGCAUGAUUCAAGUAGUGCCUAUGGAGAGUGUUGGAGAACAGUGGCAUGCACUUAAGGCUAAGGAAGAACCUAAAACAGACAUUAGAUUAACUCACUUGUUGUAUGAGUAUUCUAAAUUGUUUGAGGAACCUACUGAACUACCUCCUUCUAGAGGUGUAUUUGACCAUAGAAUUGUGUUGUAUAAGGGUACUGAACCUGUAAAUAAAAGACCCAAUAGGUAUCCUUCUGUGAAAAAGGAUAUCAUUGAGGGCUUAGUACAACAAAUGCUUAAUCAAGGAAUCAUACAACCUACCUGUAGUCCCUUUGCAUCACCAGUGGUCUUGGUAGGAAAAAAGGAUGGCACAUGGAGACUUUGUGUGGAUUAUAUGGAUCUGCAUAUUGUGAAGAAAAAGUUUCCUAUUCCAAUUGUGGAAGACUUGUUAGAUGAGUUAGGGGAUCUAGAAUCUUUUCUAAAAUAG